GUCUUCGACUAUGUACAUUCUUGGACGAAUCAGUGAUAAAAAACGUGAAUAACUUCCUGAUUUUGGCUAGAGUUCAUGGAUUUUAUGUCAGAAAUGUGAUAUAUUAUUCCAAAUUUAUGGUGAUAUUCUGUCUGAAAAAUAAAACUUGUUUUUAAAGAAAAAAAGAUGCCGUUUAAACUCCGCCUCAAGCGGACGCGGCGAUAUGACGUCUCUUCCAAACAUCUCUAUGUCGUCUCGGCUCAACUGUUGGAUAACACGCUCAUAGAAUGUACGCUCACAACCGAGAGUACGGGAAUGGAAUGUUUAGAGAACAUUGCUCAGAGAAUAGAAUUGCGAGAGAUUCAAUAUUUUGGUCUGCGCUACUUCAACAAGAAGCUACAGCUCCAUUGGGUGGACUUGGACAAACCAUUGAAGAAACAACUGGAGAAGAAUGACCACUCCCCCAUGCUGUACUUCGGGGUCAUGCUGUAUGUGUCUGACAUUCAGAGGCUCGGGGAUGACAUGGCCAGGUACCAGUACUACCUGCAACUGAAGCAUGACAUCCUUGAAGGCCACAUCCCGUGUCACCACGAGCAGGCUGUCAUCUUAGCCAGUUAUAGCGUUCAAGCUGAGUUUGGUGACCAUGACUUCACUCGCCACACCCUAGAAUACUUCAAAGAGUUUGCUUUGCUUCCCAAGUUGCUCACCCUUGACGAGAAGUCAUACUCGGCCCUUUGUGAUGAGAUCCUCACCACUCAUAGGAGUCUGCAGGGCCUUUCACCCAUGGCCGCCGAACUUCACUACAUCAUGGCCGCCAUGCAGCUUGAUGGUUAUGGAGUUGAGUGCUAUCCUGGCAAGGACGACACAGGUAGUGACCUCAUUCUAGGUGCUUCCUAUGCCGGCCUCUUCAUGAAACAUCUGGGCGGACAAACAACAGUUUAUUUCAAGUGGGAUGAAAUCAAACACCUUACACAUCAUAGAAAAUCUUUCAUUAUUCAGACCUGCCAUGAUCAACAAAAUGUCCAACUCAACAUGGACGACACAGAUGUGGCAAAAUAUGUAUGGAGGAUGUGUGUGACACAGCACAAGUUCAACAGGCUGCAGAAGGAAAUCAGCAGCACGAGAAGUAGCCAGUCAAUCAAGUCAACAUCAUCGGAAGGAAAGCAACAACCUCAGGCUAUGCCAGAUCUCCAGCAAAGUGUUCAACAGUCAUUGCAGAAUGAGCCCAAAAUACUAGCUCCAGAUAGAGGCUUACAGCAGACGGCACUCUAUCAAGAUCAUCAUCUUCAAGGUGAAUAUGAAGGUGAAAAUGAUUAUCAUCAAACACAGAUCCCAGUUCAAAGCAGUUAUGAGCAGACGUCGGGUGAUGUGGUGUACACUCCCAACGCUGUCGUUAAUGGGAGUAUAUAUGAUGUGGAGCAUGCUCAAGUUGUGCUGGGCUCUCAAAACAAUAUCAGUACCACCAUCACACCUUCUCAUCACGGGAUACAAGCACCGGAAUACCGCCCUACACCAGAUUAUGAGACGGUAAUGCGGCAACGGAUCGCACAGCAUCAAAACUUUGAUCAAUUGAGUUUGACGCAGAGCAUGACGAUAUCAAACAUUGGCAACACGCAAAUUUAUAGACACCCUUCGGAGCAUCUUGCGUACAGUCAGCCAGAAAUCGGGCAAGCUGUUCAAUAUGAACACCAGAUGGUUCAUCCUUUGCACCGGGGGUUCAAUAUAGCAUAUUCCCACCCGGUUGUGGAGCAUGGUGUCGCGUCGAAACCGAUUGAACGUGUCAGUAGUCUUGUCAUUCAACCAACGUAUAGCACACCUGAGUUAAAUGUUCAAAUACCUGUGCAACAAAGUGCGUCUGAAACUGUUUUACCCCAGAGCAUGAUGGGUUAUCGUAAUCCCCCAACAUAUAGCCGGCCCAGUAGUAGCACCCCGGAUCUAGCCACACAUACAGUGAAACCAAACUUUAAUCCUCCACCAGAUUUGCUAUCGCGUAGAAAUAUCGAUUUGAGUGAGUUACUGGCUCAGUCCAGAUUAGAUCAGAGUUACGAAAACUUGGCUGGGAACCUUCAGAAUAUGGACAUGUAUGGGGAUUACAAUAAGCAUCGAAGUAGGACAUUGGAUUCUGUAAGCACUGGUUCAAAUGCGACGUUUCAUGCUAAAGAUGUUGAAACUGCUUCUGAGGAUUCCGAUUUUGUGCAAUAUCCUAGUGCGGAGGGAAGUUAUGAGAGGGGUUUAAACAUAGGUGUGGAAAUGACUGAAACGAAGGACUUGACGUAUGAUCAAAUGCUUCGACAGGACCAGGAGCCUGUGGGGUCAGAACAGUGUGAUUCAGGGAGUGAGUAUGACCCAGUUGCUGAAAUGGAGAACCCACCAUUCGUGGAAAACCCUAGUGACAGUGAAAUUGAGUGUUUGGAUGUUUCCAAAAUGUCUGAAAUGACAUCAAGCGUGGCACACAGCAAGUGUAGUUCUAUGGAUACGACGUCUGUGUUACCAUUGGACGAGGACGCAGCACGGGCGGCCAUAUUGGAUGAGGCAGAGGAAGAGGAGAAGGAUGCCGUUGCUCAGGCAUUGAAAACAGACUCCUCGGAUGAGGAUGAUGAUGAGGUGAAGAGACGCAGUAUGGGUCCACUGAAGAUGGCCCACCUGAACGGCCUCACCAUAUCCAGGGCUCAGAUCAUGUUUGCUCAAAAUGACGAGUCUCGAGCGCCAAAAGAUGACAGGAGGAAACAUCUAGAGAGUAAGCUUGAAGAAGGUCAGGUGUUUGUGGAGUUUGAGAAGAUACCCAAGAAGGUGACAACGACAGAGUGCCGCGUUGCUUUGAAUCCGGAGAAUCUGUCAAAGAAUCGCUUCAAAGACGUGCACCCUUAUGACAGCUCUCGUGUCAGGUUAAAACCUAAGUCAAGCAAUUCGUCGGGAUACAUCAAUGCUUCUCAUAUCAGGGUGAGAGUCAAAGGUCAAGAAUUAUGGUAUAUCGCUGCUCAAGCUCCAUUAAAGAACACAACGGAAGACUUCUGGCAGAUGAUCUGGGAGCAGGAUAUCCAGGUGAUUGCAAUGUUGACGCAGCUCACCGAGAUGGGCAAGGAGAAGUGUUAUCCGUAUUGGCCGACUACUCCGGGGUCAAAACACAAACUGACAUUUGGAGAGUUCCAAGUGUCAUUAAAGUUCAGCAACGAUUCCCUCUGUUACGUUACAAAUGGCUUGAAUCUGAAGCAUAAGGGUUCUGGCAAGGAGAGAAUGAUCUGGCAUUUACAGUACACAGAUUGGCCAGAUCAUGGCUGCCCUGAUGAUGUACAUGGAUUUUUAGCAUUUUUAGAAGAGAUUGAGUCCGUGAAUCGCCACAUUGCCAUCGAGAACCCAGCGAGUGAAAAGAAGUUUCCAACACUGAUUCACUGUAGUGCUGGAGUCGGGCGGGCUGGGGUAGCCAUACUGGUCGAAGUCAUGAAAACUUGCCUAGAAUUUAAUCAGAAUGUUGAUAUACCAACGGUGCUGGCCACGCUGCGAGGACAGAGGAUGCACAUGGUACAAACAGUGUCGCAGUACACAUUUGUUUACAAGACUCUCAUUCAAUACUUGAAGAAUUCACGUUUGAUUUAGAAAGCCAGGCUAAGAGGGCUUUCAGCUUAAUAAAUCCAGAUGUUUGGCAUUGCUAAUGCUGAUAAAAAUGUCAGGACCUGCAUCAUUUUUGAUGGGUCGGUUGGGUUAUGGACAGAUGACAUUUGACCUGCAUCAUUUUUGAUGGGUCGGUUGGGUUAUGGACAGAUGACAUUUUUCUAAGGACAGCCUUGAUGGCACUGCAAAGUGAUAGACAUUUUUAUAGAAGGUGUAUCACGUCGUCAGGAGUUGAGAUGGGCAGAUAUCUAACUUUCUCCAAAAAUUGAGUUAGGCAAUUCGUUUAGGAGCAUGACGAUAUACAAUGUAAUGUUAUUAUGUAACGAACCCAUUACUAUGUACAAAUGUACUUAAUUAUUGAUGAUAAAAUGUGAUAUCUAAUGUGACUUUGGAAAGGAAAUGAGGUAAAACAGGUUGGUCUAAGAUUUACCCCGUUGAGCAAAGUUGUGUAUGUAGUGAUGUACAGUUGGAGUUGUGUAAUGCAAUUGGUAUUCUUACCAAGUUGGAUUGAAUCGAUCUGUUGCCGAUUUAAUUUUGGGUUGAACUUUUCACUCUUUUUAAGUUCACAUCUGUAUCUGCAUUCUUUCCAACUGCAUUUCUGAACAGUGCCAAGGGAAUAACAGAAUAAUAAACUUUAGUGGACAAUGUUUAGGAUGAACAUUUCAUGUCUUUUGUACAGUAUUGUCUUCCUGGUCUCACAUCUUAGGCCCAUAUAGGUCUACUGCUAAUAGCUUCGUCUUCUUUAAUACUGUGAUGGGUAGAACUUGAUGAUGAGCACAUAAAAUGUCCUCAUUCAUGAGGAAUUGUCAUCCGUGUCCUGCUUGCUCCAAAACCAUUAGCCCCUACCAGGCAUUUCAAUGCUUAAACAAUUUUCAAUGCUAAAGAUUUAUUGUGUUAACACAUUUCAUAUGAUCACUUGCUUAUUAUAAUGUAUUUAUUACACUCUACCUCUUGCAGUCACCUGUAGGUUGUAUGUGUGCAACUGUGCUGUAUGAUUUGACCAUAGACUGUUAUUCAUUUCAUGGUGCUAAGAACAGCUAUGUGUUGAAAUAUGGUAAUCACAUAUGUUAUCCAAAUAAAGAACAUUUUAAA